CGCGGGCGGGUGGCGCCGCUUUACGGUCUUUUGCCGGCCGGGAGCGUGUCCGUGACGAGACCGACCCCCCCACCCCUGGAAGAAGCUUCCACGCUGCUUCCUCUGCUUUCCUGCGCCCCGCGCUAUUUAUAGCCGCCGCGGUCACUGCCACAGCCAGCGGUUUUAAGCUAACGGUGCAAGCCGUCGUCUCAGCUCUCAGGUGAAUUUGUGAGUGAGCCGCCAAGUGGUCUCGACUUCUCGAGUGGGUGAGUUAGCGCCCCCGCGUUGGCUUGCACGUGGCCAUCCAUGGACCUAAAGAGGGCGCUGGACGUGGAGGAGGAGGUGGUGGACGGCGACGAAGACGAGCUCGCCGGCUGCCCCGACGCCAAGCGCCGCCGGACGUUCGUCAAUAGCUCGAUGCAGGAGGCCAUUGGCGCGCAGUACAUGCAGAGGCAUCUGCCCAAGCUGGAGCCAUUUCUGCGCAGAGUCGUGCAGGAGGAGGUGCAUAAUGUUCUUAUCCGACACAUCGAUUCCGCAAACAGGCUCCCACUUCAACUAAAGACAACCAGCAAACGGUACAAGCUGCAGUUCCAGGGAAACCUGCCGCAGACGCUUUUCACAGGCAACAGGGUGGAGGCGGAGAACAAGCAGCCGCUCCGGCUAGUCCUGACCGACGCCGCCACCAACCAGACGGUCACCUCCGGUCCCUUGUCCUCGAUGAAGGUCGAGCUCCUCGUCCUCGACGGCGACUUCAACGCCGACGAGCGGCUGGAGCACACGGAGAAGGAGUUCAGCGAGAGCGUCGUGUUCGAGAGGGAAGGCAAGAGGCCGCUCCUAUCCGGCGAGGUGAUCAUCGUGCUCGAGAAGGGCACCGCCUCCAUCCGCGACAUCUCCUUCACGGAUAACUCCAGCUGGAUACGGAGCCGCAAGUUCAGGCUUGGCGCCAGGAUGUCCAGGGCUAGUACCAUCGAAGAACGGGUGCAGGAAGCUGUGAGCAAUCCGUUCCUGGUGAAGGAUCACCGUGGAGAAGUGUACAAGAAGCACCAUCCACCUGCAUUAGCCGACGACGUGUGGCGUCUGGAGAAGAUCGGGAAAGACGGCGUAUUCCACAAGAAGCUCGCUGACUUUGGAAUCCACACUGUUCAAGACUUCCUCAGGAACUUGGUGAUGGAUCAGUACGGACUGCGCAGCUUGCUUGGCAGCGGCAUGUCGAACAAGAUGUGGGAAUCCACGGUGGAGCACGCCCGGGAGUGCGUGCUGGACGACAAGCUCUACUCCUACUGCAGCGGGCACGGGAUCGUCCUCCUGUUCAACUGCAUCCACGAAGUCGUCGGCGUGAUCGUCGGGAGCCACUGCUUCACCUUGAGCGCUCUCACUCCGACGCAGAAGGCGCUGGUGGUGAAGCUGCAGCAGGACGCGUACAAGUUCCCGGACCGCAUAGCCGAGUUCAAGGUGCAGUCGCAGAGCGCCGCGGAUCAGCAGCCACCCGCCGCCGCGGUCCAGGCCCCGCCGGCGCCGUUGCCUGUGCCCGCGGCGCAGAUGCUCGGCCUCCCACACGGACACGGCGUCGUGGUCCAGCCUUCGGCAGGCGCGCCGGCGAGCUCGCACGACGGCCAUGGCCUGCUGCUGAACCCGCAGCUCCUUCAGCACCACCAGCAGCAGCAGCCGCAGCCGCUGAGCGAGGCCCUGGAGGACGUGCUGCAGUCGGCCAGCGCGGCGCACCAGCUCAACGCCGCCGAGCCGUGGUUCCCUUCGUUCGGGGCCGGCGGGUUCGACGCGCGGGACCCGUUCGACGUGCAGUUCAGCGGGUCGCAGCCGUGCGGGCUGCUGCUCUCCAGCACCGGCGCCAGGUUGUGAGAGAGGCCAACAGCCCAGCGUUUCAUCAGGACGGCGUCUCGCCGGACACGUGGCCGGCAUGUGGCCCCGUUGCGUCGCGCGGAACGAGAGGACCAGGGCAACCGGCGGCCCGGCGCCGGCCGGCGUUUGGGUUGGAUGCCGAGUUCUGGCCAGCUGCAGCUGCAGCAGAGCAUGCAUGGGUCGGGUCGGUGCACUCUGACUGAUUGUCUGCUAAAGUUGAUGAAGAGAAGAUAUAGUAACCAGUAGUGCAAUUGGUGGUAGGAUCAGAUGUCAUCUUUUGUCAUUUUGGGAUGUAACAUGAGUGAUGAGUAGUGAGAAGAACACACAGUUGUGGGGCGUUCGACUGUUCACCAGAGUCCCCUUCCCCUGUCUGUAAAAGCAUAAAAAGGGUGCUUUGUUGUUUUCCUUUUUC